UUUGAAAGAUUUGUCCCAGCACUGGAGCUGUAGCCUCAGAGAAAGCACAGCCUUCUGGUUCCUGUUCUUGGGAGUGACAUUAGGGCUGAAGUCCUGCUUGGUGAAUAAGGCCCUCCAGCCAUGCACUGAGAAGAUACUCCUUUGAUUCUCAUUUUGUAAGUUACACCCUGGAGAGAGAUAGUGCUGGCUGGAGCUAGGCUGACAGAAGGGCUUUUUGGAAGGUUACUGGGCACAGAACUUUUUACUACAGCAGCUGUUGCCUUUGCAUUUGCAGCCUCGUAAAUAAACCUGCAAUUUUCCAUUUCGCUCUUGAUGGAAUAUGUAGAUGCUUUAUUCACCCUUACACCUGCUCUAGCACUAGGCACAUCCCUUCUAACGAGGAGCAGCAAAUCUCCGCGAGCAGGGGCGCUCACAGCCAAGGAUUUCAGCAGUUCCCUGCAGCGAGAGCAUCCCCUUCACGUUCCUCUCCGGGAGGCGCUCCGGGAACACCGCGAAGCGGCACCCGGCACCGACCAGAAUCUCCCCUUUUUUCCCCCAAACCUCCACCCGCUCCCUCCGGCAUCUCUCCGGCCGCUGCUUCCCGGGGAAGGAGCCCCCCUCCCUCAGCCUUGCGGGGCGGAGCCGCGUCCCUCCUGUCCCCCCCACCCCCCCCGCCUGUCCCCGUUCCCCCGCCGCGUCCCGCCCCGUCCCGCCCCCCGACAUGCCGGGGGGCGCCGCCGCCGCCACCUCCAAACUUUCCGCCGUGCCCCAGCGCCAGCCAGGAGAGAAACGCCGCGACCUGAAUUCAAGGUGGACUAAACUGUGCAACACCUGGUGUCAAGGACAGCUCUAUUGCUUAGACCAGACUGCUGCAAGGAUGGGGCCCCUGGAAGCAAUAGGUGAAGAAAACCAGACAGAUGAAAUGAAAAUGGAGCUGUUCACCAAGCUGUACUUGCCGAGACACACCACGCCACUCAACGAGCUGGCUCUCGACCCAAAACCAGAACUGAAGGACAGCACGACGCUAGUCGAAGUGCAGAUAAUCCUCAUCUUUGCUUACUGUUCCAUCAUCCUGCUGGGGGUGAUCGGAAACUCCCUUGUGAUCCACGUGAUCAUCAAGUUCAAAAGCAUGCGCACAGUGACUAACUUCUUCAUUGCCAACCUGGCUGUGGCUGAUCUGCUGGUGAAUACACUGUGCCUGCCCUUCACUUUAGUUUACACACUGUUGGGUGAAUGGAAACUGGGCCCAGUCUUGUGCCACCUGGUGCCUUAUGCCCAGGCUCUUGCUGUGCACGUGUCAACUGUUACGUUGACUGUGAUCGCUUUGGAUCGGCAUCGCUGCAUCGUCUACCACUUGGAAAGCAAAAUCUCUAAGCGGAUCAGCUUCUUGAUCAUAGGAGUUGCCUGGGCUGUCAGUGCCCUGUUGGCAAGUCCUCUGGCCAUCUUCCGUGAAUACUCACUGAUUGAGAUCAUUCCUGACUUCAAGAUUGUGGUCUGCUCUGAGAAAUGGCCAGGGGAGGGGCAGCUUAACUACGGUACCAUCUACAGCAUCUCCAUGCUUCUGAUCCAGUACGUGCUGCCUCUGGCGGUCAUCUCCUACGCCUACACCCGUAUUUGGACCAAGCUCAAGAACCACGUUAGUCCAGGGGCAGCGAACGACCACUACCACCAGCGGCGGCAGAAAACCACCAAGAUGCUGGUGUGCGUGGUUGUGGUGUUUGCUGUCAGCUGGCUGCCCUUUCACACCUUCCAGCUGGUCAGUGAUAUUGACAGUCAGGUGCUAGACCUGAAAGAGUACAAACUGAUCUACACGGUGUUUCACGUCAUUGCCAUGUGCUCAACAUUUGCUAACCCCCUUCUCUAUGGCUGGAUGAAUAACAACUACAGGACGGCCUUCCUCACAGCCUUUCAGUGCGAGCAGCGGCUGGACUCCAUCCACCCUGAAGUAUCAGCAGCUUUCAAAGCUAGGAAGAAACUGGAAGCAAAGAGGAGUCAGUUCCCUGGAGACUCUUUCACACAACCUACUAAUGUUUAAAAUUUCUGACUUUAAGGAAGAUAUGCAUAUGUUGUGGACAAAGGAAUCAAAUCCAUUUUGACACAUGCAUUUUUAAUGCAUAGUUUUACUCAUAAAUGGUGAAAGAAGAGUAGCAGGGAAGUCAAGGCAGGUGGUGUGAUUUGAGGGAAGAUUAGAUUGUCACCACAAGGCUGUAACUAUACAGCUGAGGAAAUAAAAGGGAGAGACUUCAUUUAUGGCUGUCUCAUACUAAGAGACACUCCCAUCCUUCCCAUCUCUUCAUGACAAAUCUAAAUGACAAAAGCAGAUUUUGUUGCUUUUGCUGUAGGGAGACAUACAGCUGAUUUCUAGCACAGAAAUACUAUGGGAGCAGGCAACUUGUAUAUUGCAUGUGGAGACUGGGGAGAAUAGAAGUCUGUUGGGAAAAUGAAAUCUGUCUGGGGAGAAUGGUCUCUGCUGGUUAAAGAUUAAGGUUUUCAGACCCCUUUUCUCCCACAGGAACCUUUUGCAAAAAUAACGGAAUUAGGAUGAGAAAUGCGUUACUGUUUUUGACUUGUACUGAAGCACUUCAAAUGAAAGCAUUCAAAAUGGAUUAGAGGAAAGAAAAAGCAAAAAUGAAAAAAUACCAGUUUUGGUGUGAAGAAAGGAAAAGGUGGGCUUUGGCCGAUCAAAUGGGGUAGAAAGUCGUACCUUAAGAAUCGGCUGUAGUUAUUCUGGUGACAAAACUGCAAGCCUGUGACCUGAUGGCUCAUUCCCUGCAGGUCCCUACCUUUCAUUCCACAUUUGGAAGAGCUCAUAAACACAAAGCUGUAAAAUGGCAUUUGAAGGCAGGAGAUGCAGGCUCAGGUCUUCUGUGAACACUUCAUAAACUGCCAAUAUUUUAAUUUUCAAGACCUGUUUAAAUGCCUAACGUGUUAUUAACUCUGCAGGCUUUGAAUUUUUGCUGCUUUCUCUCUGCAUAAUAAAACAGCAGAUAAUUUUGAUCCUCUGGAAAGGCUGCUUGAUGGUCAUAUGCUUUUCCUUAUUGUGGUUUUAUGUCACACACUCAUCUCAUCUUGGAGCUUUUUCCAUCUUUAGCUUUUGUAAAAUUAGAACAUCUGAAUGAGUGUAACCUAAUAACAGUAUGCUAGGUUUAUGUGAUAACUUAUCAGUUAUUCUGCAUGCUGUAGUUAAUAGUUAAAUUCCUUUUUUGCUCAGGUAUAAAAUUUUAAUCUGUUUACUGUGUUGUACACAGCAAUGUUCAACUCUUCUGUGUCUUUGCUUAGCCUCUUUGAACUCAUUAAAGAGAUGAAGAAAAUUUCAAUUGGUGUUUAUUCCAAGCUGCCCUGUUGCUUAUCAAGAAUAAAAAUAAACGUGAUACUUUCACUUGGAGUC